AUGGCGGGUAUACAACUCCGCGAUGAGGCGGUACGAGAUCGUGUCCGCGCCGCCCAGGAGUUCCUCGAUCCCACCGACCCUCGUGCCCGCUCAUACCGUGCUGAUAUCCUGUUGAUGCUCAAUCGCGGCCUUCGACGCCUCACAGUCAGCAUCGACGAGAUCCGAUCACACAACCGAGAUAUCGCAGACGGCCUCCUCAACAACCCCUUCGACUACUCACAAGCUUUCGACCGAGCCCUCAAAGAUGUCGUCAAGACGCUGGGUAACCGACCAGCGCACGAGACGGCAGAGGAGACCAUGUACUAUUGCGCAUACAUCGGUAGCUUCGGCGAGUUCGCCUGCAAUCCGCGGACUCUCUCUUCACAUUUCCUGAACCACAUGGUGUCUCUGGAAGGCAUCGUCACAAAGUGCUCCCUAGUCCGACCGAAAGUCGUGAAGAGCGUACACUACAAUGAGAACAAGAACACAUUCCACUUCCGCGAAUACCGAGACCAGACCAUGACAAUGAAUGGUGCAGCUUCGUCAAGCGUCUACCCUACUCAGGACGACGAGGGCAAUCCUCUAGUCACUGAGUACGGCCACUGCUCAUACCGUGAUCACCAAACCAUCUCCAUCCAAGAAAUGCCAGAACGAGCACCUGCUGGACAGUUGCCGCGAAGUGUGGAUGUGAUUUUGGACGAUGAUAUGGUGGACCGCGUGAAGCCAGGCGAUCGCAUACAGAUGGUGGGCAUAUAUCGAUCCCUGGGUAAUCGGAACGCUGGUCAAGGCAGCAGCACAUUCAAGACGCUGAUUCUGGCAAAUAACGUGAUUCUACUGUCCUCGAAAUCUGGCGGCGGGAUUGCUACAGCCACAAUCACAGACACAGACAUCCGGAAUAUCAACAAAAUCUCCAAGCAGAAGCGAGUCUUUGAUCUGCUUUCACAAUCACUCGCACCCAGCAUUUAUGGCCACGACUACAUCAAGAAGGCGAUCCUCCUCAUGCUUCUGGGUGGUAUGGAGAAGAAUCUGGACAAUGGCACACAUCUUCGUGGGGACAUCAACAUCUUGAUGGUCGGCGAUCCAUCCACCGCCAAAUCCCAACUCCUUCGUUUCGUCUUGAACACCGCACCCCUCGCUAUCGCCACAACAGGUCGAGGCUCUUCUGGCGUUGGUCUGACGGCGGCCGUGACCACGGACAAGGAGACUGGCGAGCGAAGACUGGAAGCCGGUGCCAUGGUGCUAGGUGACAGAGGUGUGGUAUGCAUUGAUGAGUUCGACAAGAUGUCCGAUGUCGAUCGUGUUGCCAUCCACGAAGUCAUGGAGCAGCAGACGGUCACGAUUGCAAAGGCUGGCAUACAUACCUCGUUGAAUGCUCGGUGCUCGGUCAUUGCUGCCGCCAAUCCAAUCUACGGCCAGUACGACAUACACAAGGACCCACAUCGCAACAUCGCUCUACCUGACUCUCUUCUAUCACGUUUCGAUUUGCUCUUCAUCGUCACAGACGACAUCGAAGACGUCAGAGAUCGACAAGUGUCCGAGCACGUUCUACGCAUGCACAGAUAUCGUCAGCCUGGGACAGAAGAAGGAGCACCAGUCCGCGAGCAGCCCAACCAGACUCUCGGUGUUGGUCUCGAAGACGAAGCAGACGCCAACAAGCCCAGCGAGGUUUAUGAGAAAUUCAACGUCAUGCUCCACGCUGGUGUGACCAUUACAGUCGGACGUGGCGCACAGCAGAGGGUAGAGGUCCUCAGCAUCCCGUUCAUCAAGAAGUACAUCCAAUAUGCCAAGUCUCGCAUAAAGCCCAUCUUGACGAAGGGCGCUGCCGACCAUAUUGUCAGUGCGUACAGCGCAUUGCGAAACGAUGACAUGGAAGGGAACCAGCGGAAGACCAGCCCGAUGACUCCGCGUACUUUGGAGACAUUGAUUCGUCUUGCAUCAGCUCAUGCCAAGGCUAGACUUUCCAACAGAGUGGAGGAAAAGGAUGCAGAGGUCGCACAGGGCAUCCUGCGAUUCGCGCUGUUCAAGGAAGUUGUUGAAGACGAGCGAAGACGGAAGAAGAAGGCCAGGCACUCACCCAAUGCUGAUGCCAUGUCCACUGAUGGUGAGUCCUCGGAUGAUGAUGAUGCGGGCGACGAUGGCGCUUUCAGAUCUGGUGCGGCUCGACGAUCGACUCCAAGAACUCCCGGCGGCAGGAGACAACGAGCUACCGCAAAUGGGACGAAUGGCGAUGCAGCGCUAGGUGCAGGUGAUGAGGACGAAGAAGAGGAUCUCUACAACUCAACACCUGCGCGCCAACGAACAAGUCAGACCACAGGCGCCAAUGGAACCCAAGAUGAAAGCCAAUUCAGCAUGGCAUCUUCCCAGCCUGCCUCGCAGCUUUUGCAGGACGAGUCACAAGAACAAGAGGAAGGUGAAGCUGAAGACGAGACUGCCGGCCCAAUCAAUGUGUCACGCUUGCAGGCUUUCCAAACAGCUCUCGGUCAACUCAUCGACGGCCCACUGUUCGCCAACGACGCGGCGGACGUCGAGCCCUUGGUCGCAGCAGUAAAUGCACGACUAAGAAGCAGCGAGGCGAGGUUCGAGGACGAUGAGGCGAUGAAGGCAUUAGAGGAAUUGAAUGAUCGGAAUAAGAUUAUGCUUAGUGGUGGGGUAGUUUAUAAGAUCUAG